AUGGCUCUCGAUCUCGGCACAAAAGAUCGCUCGGGAUUCCGACUGCCUCAUCCUCCUCCAUUGCUGCACACCCGCGCCGGCAACGAGCCCUUCGAUCGCCCCUCCACUCCCCGCGAUGAGACCUUCACCAGUCCCGUUCAGACACCGCAAGGAAGUCCCAGCAAAAACCGAAUGCCUCCAGGCGCAUUCGACCUCCCUAAUGUUUUCGACAAGGCUUUGAAACUACAGCCUUCCUCCCCAACGAAAAAUACCCACAAUCACUUCAAUCACCCAAUGUUCACGAAAUCCAAUAAAAGUGGCGAGUCGCUUAACGAGAGCGUAAUUCGCCCAGCGAGUCCGACUCGCAAGUCCAACAAGGAGAACACUCCACCAAAUUCGACUCGCUUGACCAAGGAUCUUGGUCCUAACCCGGCCGCUGCGGCUAUCUCCCGCCAGGAACAGUACCAGACGCGGGAUCUGGAUAGCGUUGGCAGGCGCCAGGUGCCUAUGCGAGGAUUAACACCUGAAGAACUAGAAAAACUUCAAGAUCCUCGGGUCAAGCGUUUGGUCAAUGUGACCCAACUUUAUUUCCUUGAUCACUAUUUCGACCUUCUGAGUUAUGUUCACAACCGCCAGAACCGUUAUUCGCAGUUCCGCGCCGCUUACCCAGAACCUCCGGCUACAGCCAUGGACGACUAUGAACCCGCCCUGUUAAAGUAUUUGGGUCGGGAACGGGCCCACCUCCGCAAGCGUCGUACCAGACUUCGUCAGCACGAUUUCCAAAUUUUGACGCAGGUCGGUCAAGGUGGGUACGGUCAGGUGUACUUGGCAUCAAAAAAGGACACCAAAGAGGUGUGUGCACUGAAGGUUAUGAGCAAGAAAUUAUUGUUCAAACUGGAUGAGAUUCGACACAUUCUCACCGAGCGCGAUAUCUUGACUGCAGCUAAGAGCGAAUGGCUGGUGAAAUUACUGUACGCAUUCCAGGAUGACAGCCAAAUCUAUCUUGCUAUGGAGUUUGUACCUGGUGGUGAUUUCCGUACUCUGCUGAACAACACUGGUGUUCUGCACAACCGACACGCCCGGUUCUAUAUUGCGGAAAUGUUCUGUUGUAUCGAUGCUCUGCACGCGUUGGGCUAUAUCCAUCGUGACCUGAAGCCGGAGAACUUCCUAAUCGACUCAUCCGGCCACGUGAAGUUAACGGACUUUGGUCUUGCAGCGGGUAUGUUGAAUCCCGGUAAGAUCGAGUCAAUGCGAGUGAAGCUGGAGGAGGUGGGCAACACCCCGGUUCCCUUCGGUCGCCCGAUGGAACAGCGUACGGUGGCCGAGCGUCGUCAAGGCUACCGCAGCCUCCGGGAACGGCAAGUAAACUACGCAAAAUCGAUUGUCGGCUCUCCUGACUAUAUGGCCCCUGAGGUGCUAAAGGGCGAGGAGUACGACUUUACAGUCGACUACUGGAGCCUAGGAUGCAUGCUGUUCGAGGCGUUGGCCGGUUACCCUCCUUUUGCCGGAUCGACAGUGGACGAAACAUGGCAAAACCUCAAGAAUUGGCAAAAGGUUCUUCGACGGCCAGUCUAUGAGGACCCGAAUUAUUUCCUGUCGAAGCGGACCUGGGACCUGAUCACGAAGUUGGUCGCACAUAGAGACCACAGAUUUAAGACCAUCCAUGAGAUUCAUGAACAUGAGUACUUUGCGGAGGUGGAUUUUAACCGCGUACGUGAGCAGCGUCCGCCGUUCGUACCCGAGCUGGAUUCGGAGACCGACGCGGGCUAUUUCGACGACUUCACCAACGAAUCCGACAUGGCCAAGUAUAAGGAGGUCCAUGACAAACAACGAGCACUGGAGGAGAUGGCUGAUCGGGAUGAUAAGAUGAACAAGGGCCUAUUUGUGGGAUUCACAUUCAGGUAUGUUUCUGAUCAAGGUCCUCUAAGAACGAGCCUAACUAGCUGCAGACACCGGAAACCCAACAUCGAUGGAACUGGACGCCUAUCCCCGCGCAAAGCAAUUCCGACGGACGGGACCUUCGGCACAAUGUUCUGA